GCGCUCCGAAGGAUGCGGAGCUAGAGAGCACCAGAGUAGAACUGAGCGCCUCCAUCGAGCGGGGUUAUUCGAUCUCUGUUGCGGUCGAGCCAAUGGAGCACUUCACAAAUGCGCCAGCAAAGCUGGCUUAGAACUACGCAACUGGUAUAGACGGCACGGGUGACGAUGUCAAACCUGAACGCGUCAUCCGAACCGUCAAUAUCGGCGGGAUAGACAUGAAUCUAUCCGCAGGAGCAACGUGUGCCUAUACUUUGACGUCGGGCGCUGCGCCUUGCACAGCUUGUUCAAGUCGUUCGGCAUCUUGGCGAGUAUAUCGCGCACCCUCGGCUGCGCGAGGGGGAGACGACCAUGCGGCUGGACUUGCUGAUGGUCAUGGAGAAGGGCGCCAGGAAGCGCGAAUUCCAGCUCAGGGAAGAGGUCGCGCUGACCCUUGCGGAGGCUGUCGUGCAGUCUGCUCUUUCGCCUUUGGUCGUAGACGGCAUUGGGGAAAGCGGAACAUUGGCGCGGCUCCAAUGCAGGAAGGAAAAGCUUUACGGCAUGUACACUCUGCAAACGCACCAUCAGCACGCUGCGGCGAACAACGGCCCAGUGCUGCACAUGUGCGCAGUCACCUUGCACCGAGCCGUCGCAUACUUCGAGCUGCUGAGCGCCGUCGCAUGAGUUGUUUAGAGCGUUUAUCGACAGGUCCGCACGGUGGAAGACCUGCGGACGUUGCUUUGCCUCAGCUCCCGAGCGACCGCUCCAGAAUCGCUGCUCGCCAUGGGCGACAGCACCGAGUCGCUGCUGAUCAUCGCAUUUGAAGCACCGUCAGCGGCCAGUGCCAGAAGCGGAUGGACCAGUCAGUGGUGGCAACAAGGAGGUAGGUGCAAGGCAUGCGCCCUUGGCCAUGCCCUCGUCCACAGAACAGUUUAUCGCCAAUGCGGCUGAGCAGCUGUGGAGGGCUUUUGGCGACUGCUUCAAGAGCAGAGGCAAAGGCCGAUGGCAGGGCAAAUAGACUUAUUUCCCUUCUUCGUCUACGGUGAACGCGAUUGCCGCGGACGCUAAGUGGGAGAAAGAGAAAACCGGGCGCAAAAU